AUGUAUCAGUUCGUGUUCGCGGCAGAUAUCGCGAAAAUGUUCCGGCAAAUCUGGAUUGACCAUCGCGACAGCGCCUACCAGCUGAUAGUUUGGCGCGCUAAACCCGAAGAUCAGCUGAAAACAUAUGAACUGCUUACCGUGACAUACGGGACGGCCCGAGUGCCUUUCCUCGCGAAUCGGGUCAUCAAACAACUCGCGCUGGAUGAGGGGACUAAUUUCCCUCUCGCGGCUCCUAUCCUGAAUGAGCACCUCUACGUUGACAACGCGCUUUUCGGGGCCGAUGAUCGAGUGUUGGCUCGUCAAACACGGCAGCAGGUAACGGAUGCCCUCAGACACGGAGGUUUCCACCUAAGAAAGUGGUCAAGCAAUUGUCCACAGUUAUUAGCGGAGAUCUCCCACGUUGAUCACGAGCUGGCCUCGAGCCGCUUAUUUCAAGAUGCCGAAGGAUUAAAAAUGUUAGGAAUCCGUUGGUUACCCAAAUCGGACGAAUUUCGAUUUCAAUUUAAGCUCGACUCCGCUAGUACGGCGAAUCCGACUAAGCGCGUGGUCUUAUCGAAUAUCGCGCGAAUCUUUGACCCAUUGUGGUGGAUUUCUCCCGUCGUUAUAGUGGCCAAGAUCUUCAUGCAAAGAUUAUGGGUAGCCAAGUUAGACUCGGACGAACCUCUACCUUGCGAACUAACCAACCAAUGGCGCGAAUAUUCCGCGGAGUUCAACGAUUUACCAAAAAUGCUUCGCAAGACGCCUAUGCGACUGUGA